GUGCCAAAAUGAGCUUCAGCCCUGAUGGUCCGGCUGCGGGCGGCCCAUCGGCUCCCUCCAGUGGAGCAGGUGCCAAGACGAGCUUCGGCCCAGAUGCUGGUGGUCCUACAAGCUUCAGCCCUGAUAAGCCAAGCAUAGGUGGAAAGAUGAGCUUCGGCCCAGAUGGAGGCUCCGCAGCAGGUGGGCCCAUGACCUUCAGCCCAUCAGCAUCGUCUGCCGGGACAGGUGGCGGGACGAGCAUCGAUGGUCGUGGUCCUGCCUUUGCCGGCCCUCUGGGGAUCGGGGUCAUGGGUAUGGGUAUGGGUUUCGAUGGCCUUGCGGGGAUGGGCAGCCUUGGCAGCGAGAUGAUGUUCCGGGCCGCCUUGCAAGGGGGCAUGAUCGCCGGCUCCACGUCUCAGCUGCACCUGCUGCUACCAACUUCGCUGCUGCAGGAGUCGCUGAUUCCCAAAGGCCAGCUGACAGAGAUUGCACAGAGAUGCCAGGUCCGCAUCGAGUUGGGCCAGGAGGUGCCCCCCGACUUGAGACAGGUGACUUUGCGUGGGGGGCUUGCCGCCAACUCCGUGGCAGCCUACUUCCUGCAGGAGAGAGCGUUGCAGCUGCAUCAGCCAAGCGGCUGA